AUGUACCUCCUCUACGCGCUAAUCGCAACAACCCUCCUCUCGGGCACAGCUCUCUUCCUGACCCGCUCGUACUGGCUGCCAUCCGUCCAGAACCUCUUCAGCUACCUGCCCUUUGGCACCGAUUACUUCUACACCAACCUGCCCAACUCGUUCGAGGGCGAUAUCGAGUCUGGUCUGUCGUCAGCCAAUUUCGACCUGGCAGGCAAUGUGGCAGACGGCGAUGGGCGCGCUGGCCUCGACGACAAGGCAAAGCGCGAGAUCCUCAGGAUCAUGAAGCGGCGCCGGCUUAACUUUGAUGAGGCGCGCAGGGUGUACAUGGAGCAGCGGUUUGCGGCUGCUGGAAUUGGUGCCGACGGCAGGCCGAGGGAUCCUAAGUUCGUCAGCUUUUCAUGA